ACUCACCUUAGCAACCGAUUAAUCUAAUUAAUUUAUCGUAAUUAUCUAAGUCUUCUGCUCAGCAGAAUAUAGGGUUCCGGAUUUACUCACAUAAUUCUACAAUCUUCUUCAAGCUUCUGUUGUCUCCUUCCUGCAAGUUAGCAAGUACUCGAGUAUCUGUAGAUGCUUUCUUAUCAAAAACCUGUACUCCAUGUCCUUUCUCUACCAAUUAAAUGUCAAUUGAGUUCAUCAACUUUUCACAGUCCACUUCCAAGUUCCAACUUUGGGCCCAAAUCCUGCAAGGCACUUCAGAAGACUAGUGAAAGGCAAACGGCAGAACCUAAGCUUGAAGAAAUGAACCAACCUGUUCAAGGGGACAGCUCCAGCACCCCUGCUAACCUUCCUUUGAAGCGAAGAAGGGGUCGCCCUCGUAAGGAUCCUAGCUUGAAGCGUGUUGUUCGUGCUCAGGUUCCUCCACCUUUUGAAUUAGUGCAAGAGAUCCAACAAGUCAAUAGAAAUGAUGGUAUGAUUGGUCAGGCUGUAACAGGUGUUGUUGAGUCUGCAUUUGAUGCUGGUUAUUUGCUCAAUGUUAGAAUUGGUGACUCCAAUACGAACUACAGGGGUGUAGUUUUUAAGCCAGGACAUUAUAUUCCUGUCACAGCUGCAAAUGAUGUCGCCCCACAUCUUGAGAUGCUCAGAAGAAAUGAGGUUCGUCCUCCGGCUGUAAACCAGCUUCAGGCGUACGGCCCUAGGGCUGAGCGCAAUGGAUCAGUUAAGCUUGGAUCUAGGUCCUCAAAAAGCAAACAGGUAAUAAUGCAUCCCUCAGUCCCUCCAGUGGGUGUCAGAGGCACAGUAGUUCCUGUUGUGCUACAACCUGUCAAUUUAACAAAUGGACUAGCAUCUAGUCAAAGCUCUGCAUCCCAAGCUUCAAACAGGGAGUCUAUAAGGGAGAAAGAUGUUCAGAUGGUUAAGCCAUUGGCUAUGCUGCCACCUGACGGACCAGUAACCCCUGGACAGCUACCACCAGAACCAACUCGUGAAACACUUGCUUCACAAGCUCAAGUUGGCAACAAAGUCGCAAUAGGUACUGGGCAGAAUGAAGGCUAUCUUAGCAAGGGAGGAGAAGCUGUCAAAGAGGAAAAGGCGCAGCCAGCUGCAUCAACCAACAUAGCAAUACCUGUUGCAGUGGCCUACGUGUCUCAAGGAUCUGGGCUGGCAAAAGAAGAUACUGGAAACAAUGAGGCCUCUAACAAGUUGCCAGCUGAACAUUCACCUGUGAUGCCCAAAGUAGAUUCUGUGAAUCAGGUUCCCUCAGCAGAACCAAGUGAACCAGUAAUCCCCACUCUUCCUACCCAGGCUACAUCUGUUCCUAAGCCGCUGAUGAACUAUGGUACUGGCAGGAUGACCGAACUUCUACAGGCUGUGCAGGAAAAUCUGAAGGAGAACCAGCUGCUUCGUACUGGAGAAUCAGGACUUGGUGUGAUGAAGACUCCAGCAACUGAUGGCAGUAUGGAGGAGACUAGCAUUCAGUAGCAUAGCAGGAACAUCCGCAUAUUCUCAUCUCUGAAACUCACAUCCCGUAGACUCUGGCAGACUGUAUAGUCAAUAGUGAUACUAAUGUCCCAAAAUAGCUCCUGGUUGGCAUUAGCCAAACCUUGAGAAGCUUAUCUUUAUAUGUUUAUCAGUUCAGAUUAAAAUCUUGCAUAGACGUAAACGUUUAUGGAAACUGUUUAUAACGGUGGAUUAUACUUUCCGUUCUUAUAUCUGCUUUGCAAUCGUA